AUGAUCUUAUCGGAAGAGUUCGAAGGCGUUUCAGCGAGUGUGUUUAGUGCGUGUAAUAACAGAACUUCCUACUUCCUAGUUUGUUAUCGAUCUUCAGAAACCAGUAGCUGACGGUCACGUAGACAAAGUUGACAGUGAGUGAGAUAUGUGAGGGAAAGAGGCAGCCAAAAGGAGAAGAGAAGAGAAGACAAGAUUAAAGAAAACAAGAGAGAAAAGGAAGAAAAUAAAGAGGGGAACAAAAUAAGAGGUCAGAAUAAGUCAGGAAAGAAAAUUUCAAAGGGCAAGUGUCAGAAAUUGUUUCCGCUAUGGAGAUCGCUAGACACACUAAAUUCAUAACUUCUUCCAACGUCGACAAGAACAAAGUACCUGUGCUUGAAACUAAAGCGAAAUUCAUGUUCCUGUUCGGUCCACAAGGACGUAUUUGACUUUCCUUUGAUUCCGAUCACGUUUCGACCCAAGCAAUGAAUCGUCUUAAGGAAAAUCAAGAGAUACCUGAGCACAUCGUAUUAGCUUAGGGGAAAGGUUUAGAUUUUUAAGAAACAGCAGGCGUAACGAGAGAUAAGGGAAUUAAAAAAUCAACAUGGAUUCGACGAAACUGGGUGACCCAGCAGCGGAAAGUCCGAGAUCUCACUCGCCUACUCUCGCAAGUUAUGUGAUGACUGAAGACGGGAAUAUUGAUUAUAUCAUUAGCGAUUAUAUGGAAAGACUCGGAACACGCCUUAACAUUCUUGAGACUGAGCUUAAGUAUGCUUGGAGGGCUCUUGAUCUUUUAAGUCAGGAAUAUAUUAAGAUGUGGCAGCGCCUGGAGAAGUUGGAGGGUCUCUUGUGUGAGCAGCAGACUGUAAUCAGUCAGUUGAUCGAGUUUUACACCACUGGUGGGAGUCACGAUCAAGUUGGUACGGUUGAGGACACUUUGGUCAAUCAACAGAGAUCCGAGAGUGAAUUAGAUGCGAUUGAAAAGAGCCUGGGUGCAGCCAUUGGUAUUGAGGAGACGAGUGUGCUCAGGGAGAAAUUAGCACAGCAGGAGCUAGCAAGAAUGCGUGGCUUGGUGCAAGAUAGUACUGUAGCGGCGGUGGUUACCGACAUACAAAGGAACGUGCGGAAUUUGGAAGCCUUAGAAACACUUGAGGAGGAAGAGGGAAACAUUCCCGACGAGGCGUUUUACAGGAGUUUAAAUAAUGCCUACAGAGAGGAUCUUAUUUGUGGGGAUGCCUCGAGACCGACGUCACAGUUAGGGAUGAUAUGGGAGGAGGCAGAGGAGGUGGAGGAUAGUAACGGAAAGAAGGAGGCAGAAAUUAGCACACAUGAGAAGGUAGGGGAUGAGGAGCAGGAGCAGCAGUCUAAGGAGGAAAUUCAACAGAUGACAAUAAAAAAGGCGGAUGAGUUGGAGGAGGAAGAUGGAGAAAUUUUUAGUGCGGCUGACUACAAGACUUACAGAGGAAAUGCUCCCUGUGUCACGGAACAAGACCUCGCCCAAGUCUCUAGACUUAGUGCCAUAGACAAAGUAGCUCUUGAAAAACUCCAGGAACUUGAUAGGCUAGAUUCCAAACUCCAAAAAGACUCCCAGAAUAUAAUAGAAUUCCAAUGUAUGCUCAGAGAUUCCCCGAAACGCCAGUACGCUACAGAAAAUGAAGCGAAGUUAGUAGAAGAAGCGAGCAGCAUAGACGAGCAGAUUAGAAAAAUUUACGCUGAGCCAGAUCUUGAUAGCUGGAUAUACUCCAAAAGUCCAGGAUCAACUGGCAGAUCCAUAUCCCGGGUUAGCACGGAUAGUGGUUUAACAACUGAUGGGGACUUUACAACGAGAUCAUUAUCACCUAGACUGUCUGGUACUUCCAGGAGCAACGUGGACUCGAUGUCUUCAACGUACACUCCACCCAGGUUAGGCUACACUUCAGCUCUCCUUGAGGAAAGCCCAGAACCUGUCGUCCAAAUACCAAUUGAUGUUGGUAAUUUCGCAAAAGGGUAUGCUGAAAAUAAGGAAUUAACUGAUCUGAUGGUCGAGAGCUUUGCAGCAGUGACGUGCGCUUCCCCUACAAUCUACAAUACUACGACGGAUAAGGUGGCGUCGCCAACCCCAUCUGUUGGAAGCAUACAUAGUUUGCAUAGUACUCAAAGCAUCCACAGCGUUAGAACUAGGCAAGACGGAUAUUUCGGAAGUGCUGCUAGAUUAAACUUGGACUUUCAGGAAAGUAGGACACCUCCAAGUCCCUCGCCAAGCUCGCCACCUCCACCAGCGCCUCGUGAUCCCUCAGAAAGCUUCCUUAUGUCUUCUGUAGAACAAAAAGAUGUGGAUAUUAAGCGUGCUCAAAGUCCCAGCUUCCUAAGAAAUUCUGACAAAAUGGCUGCCUUGGAACAGGGACGACUCAGCCCUCAUACACCUCAUUCGCCAAAGUCGCCUAGGGUGUCACCAAAACAUUUGUCUAAACCAAGCAGCGCUAACAUCGUAGCAGCUAAAUCGGAUUCUGGUCUUUCAUCAAUGAGUGGAUGGAGUAGUCUUGAUAAGUCACCAAGUUCACCUAAAAAUUCGAUCACCAAGAUGUUGACCUCCUACUCAUUGGAUCACGGUAGAUCAUCGCUUGCUCAGACCACGCAACCAAUCAGAACUGCUAGUCCAAUAGCCGUUAUUCAGGAAUCGAAAAGCUCGAUCAUUACUCAGGAACCUUUGUACGAUACUCCAGAAGGUAAAGACGCUUUACUCGCAGCUACAAGUCAGUAUAAUGCAGUAGUUAAUCAUUUAUCAUCUCUUACUUCAAUCAAGUCUCCCAUUGUUCAAGAUGAUUAUAAUUUCGUCCCUCCUCCAGCUCCUGGUGCACCCACCUGUCAGAGUCCCAAGAAGCGAGGGCGUCAGCUUAGCUUUGAUGAAGGUACAAUUGGAAGCACAGUUGACUUUCUGUACAGAUCAGAACAACCAGCAAUAUAUUCUGUAGCAGGAAGCAAUCGCACUCAGGCAAUGGCUAAUGUUUAUACCACUGGUGCCGGAGCAUACGGACCUAGAACAACAACUACUGGAUACUAUCCGGAUGCGAUGGAGCAGUUUGCUAAUUUUGAAACGUACAAUGCCUCUCAAUAUGAUGACACGCAACCAUCUACUGGAUUAUCACGUGGGAAAAAGGCACCAGUACGUGCCAUGUCUUACGGAGACUCAAUGACGAAUGCAGAAUGCAAAGCUGCCAUGUAUCGAAACAUGUUUCCUACAGGAAAUAUUACAGAUGCUCUCUCCUACUACCCAACUAGUGCAAAUCUUCCCAGAACUGAAACCGAAUCUUCCUGGCUUAACUCAAUGGAUAGCCACAUACCACAUGAUUCGACAUCUUCCAGCAUCAGGUCGAUGGCGUCUGAGGGGAGCUAUAUGCAGAGUCCCUACGGAGACAGGCAAUAUCCACAACCUCCGGCCUAUCAAUCGCAUCAGUAUCAUCACAGCUACUCAAAUCAAAACUACACACAAGCUUAUCAACAACAGUAUCAGCAGUAUCAGAUGAGCCAACGCCUCGCUGCUGCGGAAAAUGCACAAUUGACAGAAGGUUACCAGAGGCAAUGGCAAAGAGAGCAUCAAUAUUCCCAAGAUAACGAAAUCAGAAAGCCAGCAACGGAUCUGUCUCAACAACCAGGAGAGUUUUACGAUGCAUCCAGCGUCAUAGUUUCUCAAUCAGGGUAUAUCAGUAUUUCCGCAGACAUUAAGGACCACGAGUUAGAGACUAGUAAAAUGUCUAAGAAAAUUAGAAGAGGAUCGUCGCUUAAAAAUGCAAUGAGUUCGAUGAGUAAUUGGCUUCCGGAUUUGCAUUUGCCCAGGAGACAUAGAAGUCAAUCUUUACCUGGUGGAGUUCAAAGAGAGGAUCUUGAGGAAUCACAACAAGAAGCCUUAGCUCAACAGAGGGCAGAAGUAAUGACAAAUAGAGGGCGAGGUCGGCAUCAGGCUGCUAGAAAAAAGAAAAAAAAUUUAGUUUCUACCGUUUCUGGAAUAUUGCAAAAAGCCAAAAGAAGAAACAACCAGUCAUCUCAGUCCUUAUCGGAUCCGGAAAUAUCCGAAACAGAGUGGAGCAGUGGCAGACAAAGUGGUUUAUCGGAAGAUGAAGAUAGUAUACUCUCAGAUGCUAACCAGGGCCCGCCUUUCUUCGCAAAAGUAAAAUCCAGCAGUAUCAAAAGAAAGUCACCACAACAACAAAUUAUUUCUCAACAACAGCAACUUAUUCCACAACAACAACAACAUUUACAACAACAGCAAUUUCAGCAACAACCCCCAGUUCAUCAACCACCUCCACUUACUCCUCAACAAAGAGAGUAUCUACUUCAACAACAGCAGCUAUUACAAGAACAACAACAGGCGCUUCAACAACAAAUUCAACAACACCAAGAACAACUCCAAAAGAAAGUUGCAGAAGAGCAUUGGUUACAGGAAAAAGAGAAUGAGCAACGGAAAUCUGAGUUAAGCGAAACCGAACUAUCAGACCAGGUGUGUGGUGUCGAAGAAGAAGCGUCUGGUAAGAGUACUGGUUCCGGGUCAGGAGGAUCCACUAUAUUUCCCACUGUAGGCGAUUUCAAAAAAUCUACCGGUAGCUCUGACGAAGCCCUAAACGAAAAAGCCCCCAAGAUGCCCCCCGUUACUCUGAUGGGAGGCGCGAGCAUGGAAUUUGCUGUAUCCAGAGCGCUAGGAAAAUAUCGACAAAGACAGUCCUCUACAGUAUCUGAUGAACAAGGAAUUAAUGAUGAUGGAAGUAUUGACAAAAAAUCUGAUGAAGGUAAUCAACAAUCCUUAGAUGCAAAUUUUGAAUUCCAAGAAGAUUUUUCUGAAAAAAGUGAGAAAAGUGAAAAAUCCAGUGGAACCAAGGCACCAGAAUUGGUAAAUAGCAUUUCCGAAGAAGCACCAAAUUCUGAAGGUAGUCCUUCUGCAUCGAGCACAAGAGGUUAUGGUCCUCCGAUAGGUGGUAGCACUCGUUUCCUCCCUAGACAUCAACAAUCUCUAGAGAUACCUUGGGGAGGAUCUAGAAGUGGAGAAGGAGACGAAGACAACAAAAGUACUCAUUCCUAUAGAAGUACAUCUCGAGUUUCUUCCAGGCGCCAAAGUACUGAAGACUCAAUUGACUCCGAGGAUGAAUGGUACUGUUACGAGCUGAGGAAACUCGAAGAACUCGAAAGGCAAUCAGAAGUUGAAGUGGAGAUGGGUGAGCUUUUAGUUGAGGCUCCAGAAGAAAAUGAGCCUUACAAGCCAGAUGAGGACGUGAAAGAAAGAAUGUCCUUCGUACUUCGAGAGCUGAAACUCAAAGCAAGAUCUAAAGACCAGGAGGAGGAGAAAAGAGAUCUGAUGAAAGAAGAAACUCGUGCAAUAAAGAUGAACGGAACAGUGAUAGGAAGAGAUCCUCGCCUUCAGAAUGGGGAGAAACAUCGAGAUGGAAAACCGAUCCCCAAAAAGAAGCCAAUCGAGAGUAUCGAAUCAGUUUUCGCCAGGGUGACUGAUUAUCACACUUGGGCCCACGAGGAAGAAGCCAAGAAGGAAAAGAAAUCCAUUCCGACAGAAGAAGGUUCUUCAGGUGAAACUUCCGGACCCGACAGUCCGGUGCAUUCAAUGGACGAGGACGAGGACGAGUUGCAGAAAGAUCUAGAUGAGCACCAGUCUCGUAGAAGUUCAAGCGGUUCCACCCUACGACAUAGUGAGAAACAUCUUCAGGGCUCCGAUUCGCUGUCGCGUGAAGGUAGUGUAAGUGUACCACCUAGCGAGGUCUCAGUCAGUAUCCCUGGUGGCUGGGAUUCUGAAAGCACUGUCGUUGAAGGCGAACGAGAUGACGCUGGCAGUGCGGAAACUGGAACCACCGCUACUCUAAGUCUUCCAAAAAUCAAGAUUGACUCCUCAUCGUGUGGGAGUUCCGACAUUACCCUGAAGGAAGGUCAAGUCAGUCCAGGUCCUCCCGGAUCUAAGUGGAAGCUGCUCAAGGCGCUCAAGGAACGAAAGGCGGAAGAAAAACUUAAGGAGGUCGAAGAUGCCUCUAAAGAGGCCGCUGCCCUUACUCAGGGACCGACGACAAAUGGCAGCGGUCCGGGAGGAGAAUCUGGGGGAAGAGCAAACGGACAUCCAGGAGACAAUCCCUUCUACAGCAAUAUCGACAGCAUGCCGGACAUUCGACCGCGUCGGAAGUCGAUACCAUUGGUCUCUGAGCUGGUCUUGAAGACAAUGGCUGCAACCAAAAGGAAUGCUGGUCUAACUUCUGCCGUACCCCGAGCAACAUUAAACGACGAAGAAUUGAAGAUGCACGUGUACAAGAAAACGCUCCAGGCAAUGAUUUAUCCGAUCUCGUCUACCACACCUCACAACUUUGUUACCUGGACUGCCACUUCUCCGACCUAUUGUUAUGAGUGUGAAGGAUUGCUUUGGGGUAUUGCAAGACAAGGAGUAAGAUGCAUGGAAUGUGGUGUCAAGUGCCACGAAAAGUGCAAGGAUCUGCUCAAUGCUGAUUGUCUUCAAAGAGCGGCCGAGAAAAGUUCGAAACAUGGAGCAGAAGAUAAAGCGAACAGUAUAAUCACCGCCAUGAAAGAGAGGAUGAAGCAGAGGGAACGAGAAAAACCGGAAAUCUUCGAGCUUAUCCGGUCAGUCUUUGGGGUCGACGACAAGUCCCACAUUGGUCACAUGACUUCAGUGAAGCAAUCAGUACUGGAUGGCACCAGCAAAUGGUCUGCGAAGAUCGCCAUUACAGUGAUCUGCGCUCAAGGACUAAUUGCCAAGGAUAAGAGUGGAACUUCCGAUCCAUAUGUCACAGUUCAAGUAGGAAAAGUGAAGAAACGAACGAAAACGAUGCCACAGGAGUUGAAUCCAGUCUGGAAUGAGAAGUUUUACUUCGAGUGCCACAACUCAUCGGACAGAAUAAAAGUCCGUGUGUGGGAUGAAGAUAACGACUUAAAGUCAAAAUUGAGGCAGAAAUUGACGAGGGAGAGUGAUGACUUCCUGGGUCAAACCAUCAUCGAGGUUCGAACUCUCAGUGGUGAGAUGGACGUCUGGUACAACCUGGAGAAGCGAACAGACAAAAGUGCAGUCUCCGGAGCAAUAAGGCUUCAUAUUAGUGUCGAAAUCAAGGGAGAAGAAAAGGUGGCACCUUACCAUGUCCAAUACACGUGCCUUCACGAAAACCUCUUCCACAGCCUUUGCGAAGGAAACAGUGGAAUGGUGACUUUACCUCAAGCCAGAGGCGACGACGCUUGGAAGGUUUAUUUUGACCCUCCUGGUGAAGAACUCGUUGACGAAUUUGCCAUGCGAUACGGAAUUGAAAGCAUCUACCAAGCAAUGACACACUUUCACUGUUUGUCGACGAAGUAUCUUUGUCCAGGAGUUCCAGCGGUGAUGUCGACUCUCCUAGCAAAUAUUAAUGCCUACUAUGCUCAUACGACAGCAAGUUCUGCCGUCUCAGCCAGUGAUAGAUUCGCCGCCAGUAACUUCGGGAAAGAGAAAUUCGUUAAGUUGCUGGACCAACUGCACAACUCUUUAAGGAUAGACCUCUCUAUGUAUCGAAACAACUUCCCAGCCUCGAGUCAGGAGAAACUAAUGGACUUAAAAAGCACAGUAGACCUCCUAACCAGUAUAACUUUCUUCAGGAUGAAAGUCCAGGAACUAACAAGUCCUCCUAGAGCCAGUACAGUUGUAAAAGACUGUGUUAAAGCCUGCCUUCGAUCAACCUAUCAAUUCCUCUUCCAAAAUUGCUACGAACUCUACAACAGAGAAUUCCAGGUGGAUCCCAGUGAGGCAAAAAGGGAUCCAGAGGAUCGAGAGCCUGGCCUGGAAUCUCUGGAUUUCUGGCACAAAUUGAUAGCAUUGAUAGUAUCUGUGAUCGAAGAAGACAGAACCAGUUAUGCACCUGUGCUCAACCAAUUUCCUCAGGAACUUAAUAUCGGACAAUUGUCUGCUGCAACAGUCUGGUCUUUAUUUGCAGUGGACAUGAAGUAUGCCUUGGAUGAGCAUGAGCAGCAUAGACUCUGCAAGUCGUCAGCUUACAUGAAUUUGCAUUUCAAGGUCAAGUGGCUUUACACAAACUACGUUCAUGAUGUGCCACCUUACAAAGGCGCUGUUCCUGAAUAUCCAGCUUGGUUCGAACCUUUCGUUAUGCAGUGGUUGAACGAGAAUGAUGAUGUCUCUCUGGAGUAUCUGCAUGGAGCUUUUAGCAGAGAUAAAAAGGAUGGGUUUCAAAGAAGCAGUGAACACGCCCUCUUCAGUGUUUCUGUGGUUGACGUAUUCACCCAAUUAACUCAGUGCUUCGAUGUAGUUUCAAAACUAGAAUGUCCUGAUCCCGAAAUCUGGAAGAGGUAUAUGAAGAGGUUCGCGAAAACAAUUGUCAAGGUCCUAGAAGCUUAUGCAACGAUAGUGAAGCAAGAGUUUCCGAGUCAUCUUAAAGACGAGCGUAUCGCUUGUAUUCUGAUGAACAACAUCCAGCAGCUGAGAGUCCAACUUGAGAAGAUGUUUGAAUCAAUGGGUGGAGAAAAGCUGGAACAGGAUGCAGCGGACAUAUUAAAGGAAUUGCAACAACAACUAAACGGAGCCUUGGAUGAUCUGGCGAUGCUGUUCGCCAGGAGCCUCGAACCUAGGAUAACAGUUUCCGUCCGAGAACUUGGAGACUUGCUUGUUGCGAUAAAGGGAGGUGGACAAAUAAAUCAACCAGCUCCGAGAAUGAAUGUUUCCGUGGAAGCUGAUGAAGUCCUCAGACCACUGAUGGAUCUUCUUGAUGGAAGUUUAUCACUUUAUGCCCAGUCUUGCGAAAAGACGGUGCUGAAGAGGCUGCUCAAGGAAUUAUGGAAAAUUGUAAUGAGAAUUCUUGAGAAGACUGUCGUACUACCUCCAAUGACUGAUAAGAGUAUGAUGCUCAAGAAUCUGACAGACAACGCGAAGAAUUUAGCUGCGAAUGCAAAGAUCGAAGACAUGUCAAGGAUAUUCAAGAAUCACAUGGCAGGAAAACCAGACGUGAAAGGCGCUCUCAGCGGUGUGAUGGACAUCUCUAAAGAGGUCGAAAAGAACCUUUCGCCAAAGCAGUGUGCAGUUUUGGAAUGUGCUCUUGAUACCAUCAAGCAGUACUUCCACGCAGGAGGAAAUGGGCUAAAGAAAACAUUCUUGGAGAAGUCGCCAGAGUUACAGAGUCUUCGAUAUGCUUUGAGUCUGUACACCCAGACGACGGAUACACUCAUCAAAACCUUUGUCACUUCUCAAAUCAGCCAAGUGCCUCUGAACGAUGCGACAACAAUGAAUCAGCGUCAGCGCUCGAUGAGCAGCGAAAGGGGUGAUGAAGGAGAGGGACUCGAGGGUAUGGAAAGCCUCGAGGAACCCCUUCGCCAGAGCAAGCCCCCUCUCCGUCGGGAAAGUCGUCAAGAUACCGCUGGGUCAGAAGACGGUUCUGUGGGCGAAGUCAGCAUCCAGGUUGAUCUUUUCACGCACCCUGGUACUGGAGAACAGAAAGUUAGCGUCAAAGUCGUGGCUGCGAAUGAUCUAAAAUGGCCCUUAGCUGGAGGAAUGUUUAGACCAUUUGUUGAAGUUAACCUGAUUGGACCACAUCUAGCAGACAAAAAGAGGAAGCAUGCGACCAAGUCGAAAAGCAAUAAUCUGUCUCCAAAGUUCAACGAAACCUUUCACUUCAUAAUUGGAAACGAGCAGAACCUUCUGGACUACCUCGAGUUGCACAUCUGCGUGAAAGACUACUGCUUCGCCCGAGAAGACAGACUGGUUGGAGUGGCAGUAAUGCAGCUGAAGGACAUUGUCGAACAAGGCUCCUGUGCUUGCUGGUUGUCGCUUGGUAGGCGAAUCCAGAUGGAUGAGACGGGUUGGACCAUCCUACGAAUUCUCUCGCAGCGAAACAACGACGAAGUCGCCAAGGAGUUCGUGAAACUAAAAAGUGACAUCAGACAGGAGAAUCCUCUGCCGAAUCCCACUUGAAGCGAUGAAUGAAGGAACAAGAAAAUCAACAGCAGUGUAACUAGUCCUUCAAGCUUCGAAAGAGCCUCAAGGUGAAAAGGAUUUUCCUAAGUCCCUGAAAAUGACGAGACCCACAGAGGAAAAUGUUUUGUCCCUAAAGCACAAAGCCUUGUCAUGAAGACUGAUGAGAUCCGCAUUUCGUGUAAAACCUGGAAGAAAAUUCAGUGAACAACUUUAGAACCUUUGAACUUGAAUCCAAAGUUUUCCUUCAGAAACUGCUGACAGGAUCUUGUCCAUCAACGAGUUCUUCCUUCUUUUUGUACAAGAACUUUCCUUCUUCCAUCGGAGGAAAGCCAUCGGAAAUGUCCAAGGAUCUAAAUGAAUAGAAUUCUGAGAAACACCAGCGCCGAGACACUAUAUAGAGCUUCGAACUCUUCCUUGUUUAAGCGCAAAGCGGUGUCUCAAAAAUACGUACAUAUGAAAGGUGAAACACUGCUGCCAGUACGCAAUAUUUUUAAGGUAUAAAGUGAAGUUGAAAGUUGAAUUGAAUGAUACGAGCUCGUCUGCGGAGAGUGACGAGGGACUCGAAAAUAUUAGUUAGCUUUAAGAAAAAUGGGUCUUUGAGACGACUCGUUGUUCCAGACACACUUAAGAAUUUAAGUCUGCGUCCAAAGUGACAUAAGAAGCGAGGAAGUCGAGGAUAGAAGUAGCAAGAAGAAGAAACUUCAUGCUGAGGUCUGCGUCGACUUUUUCGCAAGAAAGAAUGAGUUUACUGUAGAUAUAUGAUGCGUUGUUGACGAACAAGUUUUUCUAAUACAGAAUAAGGUAGCAUUGCGUACGACCAAUAGGUGCACCUUGACGUCACUCAUGGUGCGCCACUAGUUCUAAUAAACAUUAUACUGUAACGAAUGUUCUUAUCGUAAGAGUAUCAGGUCGAAGAAUCUGUCUGCUGUGGGGAAUGAUUUCGGAUUCCAGUUGCAAAUAAGAAUUUUCGGAAAUUUGUGCUUCUCCUGCGAACGUCGAUACUCAAUUGCUCAUCCUCUUCAUCAUUCCUAAGACAUGUAAAUGCUCGAACGCCAACGCAGACGCACACGCGUACGCCACACAGUUUGAAACGAGUUUCACGUUAUAUUUAGUGCAUUACAUCCGUACAGUGAUCUGGAAUAGGAAUUUACUGUUUAUAAUCACCCAAGGGUCGUAUUUCUUAACCGAUUACAAUUUUCUUAUGAAUUCUCAGCAUUAAAAAAUGAGUUUUUCUAGUAGUUAAUUUGAUUUUUCUGGCUAAAAGUAAUUAACCAUUUUCUUCAAAGGCAUUUAGAAUAUUUUGAGAUUUUUCAAAAAUUAAUAAUAUAGAUCGUUAAUAACGUAGAUCUUUUUAACCAUUUUUUUAAUCAAUUUAUUUAAGAAUAUUUAUCACGAAAAAAGUAAUAGCACAAGUGGCAACUGCGGAAAAAUGGCCAUAGAGUCCAUGUAGUAGACAAUUGCUUUCUUAAUCCUAUUUCUUGUGUAGUAUACAUAAAGAAUUGUAUUGUAUAACAACGAAUUGAAAUUUAAUUAAACUGCAUAAGAAUUUAAUUAAUUUUUGUCAUUUAAUCCGAUCGAAAUUUUAAUUGUUGAACAUAGAGAUUCAUGUCUCAAUCUAUUAUUCUCAUUUCAACAUAAACUUUUCUACUAUGUUAAUUGGUCUGCUCAUGAAACUUAAUGGGUAAAGAAUUAUUUAUAACCUUAUUAGUUAUUUAGAAGUUUAUUACUUAAUAAAAAUUUUCAUUAUUAUUAUCGUUCUAAUAGUAAAUUGCAACUAGUUUGAGACAGAGUAAAUUUUUUCUAUAACAAAGUGACAUACGGUGGGUUUUGUUUCAAUAAAUUGUUUGUAAUAAUUUAACAGAAUUGUAAUACAAUAUCUCUGAUUUUUUAGUCUUUCUGCACUAGUUCUGACUAACAAUCACUUUAUCUCCGAAAUGAAUUCCGAGGUCGAAAAUCAUAUCGCUGAAAUGAACCAUUUUGUAGCUGUAUUUGCACAAGUAUUGUUAAACAAAAAACAAACAUACACAUUGGGUCCCUUGCAUUCAAUUGUCCCUCUUAAAUUGGUAAAGAAAUGGAUCCUGUGAACCUAUUUGUCCGCAAAAGUCCAUUUCUCGACUACUACUAUGCAGCUACUCAGCGAGAAACUCGUACACUGGUAUUUCUAUCCAGACCCUAACGCAAAACGUAGCUACGCUAGUUUAGGUGCAUUCGAGCAAGUACAGGCCUUUAUUUCCUAAUUUUAAAUGUUUCAUGCUUGGCUUGCAUCUGAAAAUUGAGAAAUUUCUCCAACGAUUAGCUCUUGCUCAGUGUUAUCCUCGUCAAUUUUUAAAAAAUAACUUACAAGCACUUGUAACGCAUUUUUUUUAAUGGUAACGAGCCGAGCACUGAUUGAAUUUUAAAACUUGGAUUGGAAUUGAUGUGACGACGUGCGCACGAGACAAAACAAUUAUGUUGAACACUAUUUUCGAAUCUCCUGCGUGAAAAACAAAUGCACGUUACUUCGAAUUUAUUAAAUUCCAUCAUUCCGAGGCAAGUUUUUCCCGAUUCGAUCCAGUUUCUACUUCGUAACAUAUGUAUAGGUCAAAAAUUCAAAUUGUGUAUAGCAUUUAAAGUUAACGUAGCAACGAGCGCGGAAUUUUCCAGCGGAGUAUCAUUAACAAAAAGGAGAAAUGUAGAGAAAAUUUCAGCAGAUCCUUCGUAGAUCGUUGAUAUUUAAUUCUCAUUUAAUUUCUAAACUACAAGAACUUCUGCUGAAAUGUCAAACCAGGAAUAUAUUAUUUCAAAUAUUCUCAAAUAUUCUGGAGAGCUCUAUUUCUUCUUCGUGUGAAAUCAAAGUUUCAAUUCGAACGUCAUUAUCAGUGAAUUCGCGAUCUCGUCAGAAUCUUCAUUUGUAAAUUUUUCCGUUGCCUAAAUAAGGAUGUAGAGAUACGAAAAGGCUGCAUUCAGUCGGUUUCCUCGACGUUGAUAUUUAGAACUUGUCUUAUUUGUAAAGAAAGAAAUAUUAAAAUUGUUGAUUUUUAAAUUACCCUGUUUUUUCUAUAUUCUUAUUAAUCUUAAGGAAUUUGAAGAUUCGAUUUAAUAUAUUUGAUUGUUGUAAUAUUGCAACGCAGACGAAACCGAUACAAAUUUCCUUCUUACUCUUAGCUUGUAUUCUUAUGUCGUAAGCUAAACAAAACAUCUCACAUAUUCUGUGAUAAUUACCCCUAAAUAUACACAUACUCGAGAUCAAAUUUUACUUGAAGACAACAUUUCUUCACAAAUAUCCCAUACGAAUAUUUACACCAUGUACAAUUACAUAUAAAUUUACAUAAAGACAUUUUCCAUCCCAAAAUCAGUAUUCUUCUCUUUUAAAAAAUCAUUUCGAUUCCCUUUCGACGUAUACACUCAUGACAAAAUAAGGAGAAAAGACAUGGUAAUGCUUGCAAAUUCUCGGAAAGAUAACCUCAUAAUCUGCAGACAAAAUCAGCAUUUGUUCGAAAAUUGUUCAAUCAAAUGAAAGCAGUUGAUAGCUUUCUAAUUUAAAGCAUCAAAACUACUUGACUUUCAAUAUGACAUUUUCUUAAUUUCGAAACUUCAAAUUUGAAGAAGGUAGUUUCAAAAAUUUGCUUUAUCGUCUUGAAAGCUUCGAAGUCUUCGAAUUUGAACUUACUAAGUAGAACAUAUGAGUGCAACGAGGGUUUAACCAUUUUUUUUCGGAAUUUAAUUGGAUUCUUGUACAUUUUUUAAAGUCUUUUUAAUUCUUUUUAAUUUUUUAAUUUU